AUGGUGUGGUCUGUAGCCUGGGCACGUUUGAUGGUUCUGCUGACGAUCCAGUGGGGCUCUGAGGCAAAACUGGUCUGCUACUUCACUAACUGGGCCCAGUACAGACAGGGGGCUGCUCGCUUCUUGCCCAAGGAUGUGGACCCCAAGCUGUGCACCCACCUCAUAUAUGCCUUUGCUGGCAUGACCAAUCACCAGCUCAGCUCCAUAGCGUGGAAUGAUGAGACAUCACUCUACAAGGAAUUCAACAGCUCGAAGAAGAUGAAUCCCAAGCUGAAGACGCUGCUGGCCACUGGGGGCUGGAACUUCGGCACUCAGAAGUUCAUGGAUAUGGUGGCUAUAGCCAAUAACCGACAGACCUUUGUCAACUCAGCCAUUAGGUUUCUGUGCAAAUAUGGCGUUGAUGGUCUCGACCUUGACUGGGAGUACACAGGAAGCCCGGGGAGCCCUCCAUCAGAUAAGCAGUGCUUCAUAGCCCUGGUGCAGGACCUGGCCAAUGCCUUUCAGCAGGAAGCCCAGGCCUCAGGGAAGGCACACCUCCUGCCGAGCACAGCUGUCCCAGCAGGACCACACUGCACAAAAGCUGGAUACGAGGGGGACAAAAUUGCUCUGAACCUGGAGUUCCUCAGCUUCAUGGCCUAUGACUUCCAUGGCUCUUGGGAGAAGAACACAGGGCAUAACCACCCCCCCCCCCACCACGAGAGACAGGGAGAGAGCGGGGCCGUGGCCGAAUUCAAUGUGGUAGGUGGGAGGACGCCCCUGGCACAGGCCCUUUCCGGUAGCCCCUUUUGA